UUGAAGGAAGUCAUAAAGUUCAACUAGGAGUUUAUGACGCAGGCAGGAGCUUUCCUGGAUAAAGGAGUGGCGGACUGGGGGCGAGAGAUAGCGAGCCUUGGAAACCAUUCAGAUGCACUCCAUGGCAGGGAACCCACACAUACACCGUGGCUGCUUCUGUUGGGAUCGGAGUUCGGAUUUUUGACGGAGAGCCAAUGUUUUGCUUUCUUUUUUUCUGGGGGUCGAUCCACUAUGCCCACUUCUCUCAAUGGAAUUACUGCUGGACAUGACUUGCCUUGACUCGCCUUGACUGAUGUGAAGCCCUUACUGAGGACUUUGUGUGCUGACUGCGGACAUGCGGAAAAAGGAAAAGUGGAUUGAUUAUUGGAGCCACGGUUACCCGCUGUCACAAGCUUGGGCAGGCACCUUUUGGACAAGGUGAGCCACUGAAUCUGUUCCAGACUAUGGCUUGGGGUGCCCUGAAACGCAUCUGUGGCUCUACAGAUGACAGGAACGAAAACAAGCACAGGCUGGUGUGUUCCUUCCCAGAAGAUGUGGAGUUUGCGGAGCGGCUGCGGUCCUACAAGGGGAACCAAAUACGCACCUCCAAGUACACCUGGCUGUCGUUCCUCCCCAAGAACCUCUUUGAACAGAUGCACCGAUUCGCCAAUAUUUACUUCUUGUUCAUCUGCGCGCUGAACUUCGUGCCCAUCGUCAAUGCUUUCCAGCCGGCGAUCGCAGUCCUGCCCCUCGCCGUGGUGAUGUCCAUCACCGCGGUGACAAACCUCUGGGAAGACUAUCGGAGACAGAGGUCUGACCGUCGGAUCAACAGUCUGCUCUGUGAGGUGUAUGAUAGGUAAAGUACGGUAAACACACAAACAGACGUCAGUAUUGGAGGAUGUCAACCCAUGUUUGACCAAGUCAAAAAUCAUGCCUUGUGUGUCU